AAAGGUAAACGUUGAAAUUUAUAGAAAAAUGUUGGAAAUUCAAGAUUUUAUCGAUUUUUCCAUAACAAAUUGGUACGAGAAAUUCGCAAACGUCACCAUGCGUACAAUAAUCAUCGAAUUACCCGAACAGUUGUUGAGGAAAAUCCAAUCGGAGGAAAUCGACGAUACGCAAGAGGAAAUACCAGUCGAAUUCGCGGAUAAAUUCAAAAACGCCUUAAACGCUUUAUCUAACCGAGCAUUCGUCAGGAACAACUGGCACGCCCCGGUCGAUGCCAGAAUGUUUAGCUUCGGUAACUCCUUGGAGGUGGCCACGUUAGACGAUGUCGUGACGUAUUUCUCGAGUUCGGCUAAAAUCCAGGAGGAUUUCUCGAACGCCAAGGGCGUGCCGUUCUGCAUGGCCUUGAGGAAAUGGACGAGCAUCCAUCCGGCGGCGGAGUUUCGAUGUAUCGUGGUAAAUAGCACGUUGCGAGGGAUCACGCCCAGAGACUGGCCUACGUACUACGAGCAUUUCAAGGAGGAAGGGCCGCGGAUUAUACGGGAGUUGUCCGAGUUUUACGACGACCACGUAAAAAUCCAAUUUCCCAGGAAAAAUUACGUGUUCGACGUGGUUUUCCAGCACCCCGACAGGCCUAGUUUAAUCGAUUUCGAGGCUUUGAAUGCCAAGACUAACCUGUACGCUUUCGCUUGGAAUGAGAUUCAGCCGCUUUUGGGGAAAGAGGCCAACGAUGAGGUCCCGCCGGUGUUUAGGUAUUUAGAAAAUGAUAUCGGUAUCAUGGCCAGAGCUGAUGCUCUCAACACAUUCUCUAAAUCACAUUGAUUUGUAUUUUUAAGCUUCAAUGACGAUUCAACUAGUUUGUUAAAACGGGGAAAUUGGACAUUAAAAAGAUCUCUAAACAUCGACGUCUUUUCGCC